CUAAGUGGCGGAGCGUCACUGAAUGACACACUGGCAGGAGGAGGAGGAGAGCACGCCCUGCUAGCUGAUGUGACGGUGUAAGUACCUGAGUGCAGAACACUACCUGCGGAUCGUCUCCUGUCAGAAGCAUCAUGGGGGGUUCCGCGUCCAGCCUGUUGGAUGAAAACAAAUCCAAGUACAUUAAAGGCCAGGCCGAGGCUGUGCUGGAAGAGUUCAGCCCGUACUACAGGAAACAGUUCUCUGUGGCUCAGUUCUCUCAGGUAGAAGAUGAUGUGGAACAGCACAAACAGAAGAUCACACAGCUGCUCAAACAGAGGGCGGCUCCAGAGGAGGGUGAAGUGCUAUAUGAGGAAAGUGUCUUUUACUUUGAUGACACCAGGAAGUGGCGGGAGAGGUAUGUGGUGGUGAGAGCCAACUACUGCCUGGAGUGUCACGAAAGCGUUGAGACCUUUGUUAAAGGAGCUCCUCCAUGCCACAAGCUCCUGCCUACAGGGGGCAAGGUUCUGACGGCAGAAGAGGCGUACAUGGCUGUAGUGGAUAAAUGUUUUCCUGAUGAAAGCUGUGCAAAAGAGGACUUUGCUCCACCUAUGGCAGGGAUGCCGGGACAGUUUCCAGUCUACCUGCGUCUGCCCUACAGAAGGGACUCCUAUUUCUGCUUCAAACAACAGGCCACACAGGCUACCUUCAUUUCCAUCCUAUCAGACUGCAUCAGACACCAGAACCAAGACUUCCUGAAGAAAAAGACUUGUGAAGUUCAGGCCUUCCUUAAAGCUAUUCAGCUCUACAGACAGGACAAAGGCAAAUACGAAGCCUGGGACAUGCUGAUAGGAAGUGAUGCAAGGGUGAUGGCCAACAUGGUGAUGGAGCAGCUGCUGCCGUCUCUGGAGAAAGACAUGCUGCCUGGCCUCAAAGCCAAAAAGACUGAGAGGAAGAGAGUUUGGUUUGCUAUGGUGGAGGCAGUAUAUAUCCUGGUCCAGGAGGACAUGUUUGAGGGGCUAUCAGCAUUGAAGGAGGAAUGUCGGGUGUCUGUUCGGCAGCAAGAGGUGCUGAUUCACUCCGACAUGGACCAGAUCCUCAACUCAAGAAGGCAGCUCGAGGAAAAAAUCCGAGCCAAAGUGUCAGAGCCAGCUGAGAAGCUGUGUUCCGACUCUGUCCAGCCGUACCUAGGCUCAGUCCUGGAGGAGCUGAUGGAGCCAAUCAGCGCUGGGUUCCAGGAAGGACGGCGACUAAGUGAAAACACGAUGGACCAAGUGUAUCAGGACAUCAAGCAGGGAUGUGGUAACGAACAGCUGAAACAGUCUCUCGACGCCAUGGCAAAACCGAACCUGCUGAACUGCUAUGAGAAGAUCGGCUCCCUGCAGGUUAAACUGCAGCACUUGGAGGCGAGGUUUGGAUUCUCCGACACCACAGGAGUGAUGCACAGUGCUCAGAUCGAUUUGCAGCAGCUGAUUGAGAAUGCAGCUUUUACCUUCGAGCAGCUGCUCUACAAAGCCAUCCAGGACAACCCAGACAACGCCAGCUCUGCCACUGAGAAGGUCAAACACAUAGUGCUCAAGAAAUACGACUAUGACAGCAGCACGGUGAGGAAGAGAAUCUUCCAGGAAGCUCUGGUUUCCAUCACUCUGCCCUUCAUCAAGAAGAGCCUGGUGUCUACCUGCAAACCUGAGCUUCAGGGUCUUGAACAGAUCAUCUAUAGUGACCAUUCAAGCUUCGUUCAUGUUGACAAUGUUUAUGAAAACAUCCUUCUGCAAAUUCUGGACAAGGAAGUCACUAAAGUGGUGAAGGAGGCAGCCAACCUAAAGAAGUACAACUUGUUCACAGACAAGCGAGACCUGACCAGUCAGUCUAGCCUCUCUUCCUUGCCAGCAUCUAUUCCUGGCAGCCCAGCCAUGACACUGGCUUCCCUCAAUAAACCUUCUUUAGAGCCGCAGCCUUCUCCACUUGCUUCUAAUGAUGUCUUCGCCAGCUCCCAGAAGCAAGAACAGCAGGAGGAAGGGAAAGACCAGCUUCAGAGUGAGGCCUUAAAGGACAUGAUAGUGGGUGAGACACCUCUGGGGAAGGUUGAAACAGGGGUUGGUACUAGUUCCUCUGGCAGUCAGGAAUCAGACCUACCAGCACUUAAAGCAGAGGAUGUCAUCCAAACUGCUGCGGAAGAAGCAGGAAGCAAUAGUAACCUCAACAGCCCUGAUUUAAUAGAGAACAUGCCAGAGAGCUGCACAAAUGAUACAGCAGCAGCAGUUCCAGCGAUUGUGAUGCAUGAAGAUGUGAUUUCUGUCAAAACAGAAGAAACUAAGACAGCUGCUGAGCCUGAAACGAACAGCGCAGAUGCUCCACAAGAACCUCCCACUGCUGUAGGAAGUAUAACAACAACAGAAGCACCAAAGCAGGCAGAAUCUCUUAAUGCUUCUAACCUUUCAGCAGAAGGAACUGAAUCCUUGCCUGCCAAUACUGAAGCAAAGACACAGUGUGAGAACCCAGAAAUCAUGGUCGAGGCUCCACCUAGUGGUGAAGCACUAGGAGGAAUAGUCCUCAGUGAGAACGUAGGGGACGCAGAACCAGUUGCUUUCUCAGAGACGAGCUCUCUGGCUGUGUCAGUGGGAAGCGAGUCUCAUCCCUCAGAUGUUGAGUCCACAGAUGACGUGUCAACAUCCUCAGACAUUUUGGAGGGCGAAGCUAACAUCAGGAAGUCACCAGUGGGUUCAGGAGAUGCUACUGAGGACAUAACAGCAAGUGACAAGGUGCCAGUCCAGACAGAGGUGAAGAGUGGGACUGUCAUUGGAACUGGAGCCAUUGUAGAGGUGGAAGCAGAGGAGGUGGAGAAAAUGAAAGCAUCUCUGUCUAGUGAACCCGUUCAAGAGGAGACACCUUCCAGUCCUGCCCAAGCACGGCCUCUGGACUGCGUCAAGGAGAUCCGUGACCUGGUGGUGGAGGUGAUUGAGGUGGAGGAACCUGUGCAGCAUUACCCCAGCGGGAUCUCCAAAGAAGAUUAAAUAUUCCAGUAGUUGUCACUUCUAUAUAGAACGGCUUCCACUUCUGAUACCAGUCUGUAUCCAUUAUAUUUAAACGCGACCAUGUGACAGAUGGGAAGCCUCCUCAGCUUCCUUCCUAUAAAUAUGCAUGAUAGCAUGAUUAUUUAUAUGAAUAAAUUAGUCUUGAUUUCAGCUGAAAAGUGGCUAAACCAAAAUGUCUUCUCCACUCAGUGACUUGGACAGGGCUUUUUUUAAACACUACAACUCUUAAAUUAUUAAAAAAAAGAAUUUAGAACAAUUUUAUAAGUGAAGAAAUUUCUGUAAAUUAAUCUGAUAUGAAGGAUCAAUGCAUUUGGGAUGGGGUUCAUAUGAGUGUUAUGUUUGAUUAUAAGGGCCAUAAAGAACACAUUUCCUCAUUUCUGCUCUUCUUUCCAAGAAGAAAAUGGAUGAAGUGUUUGAGUGCAACUGAUUCAAAUAUACUUUUGCAGAAUACAGGUUCAGUGCUAAUGGUGUUACUUUUUUUGUUAAACCUUUAGUUAGCAGCUUGUCAUUUAUACCAAAGAUAAACACCAAAUGUAGCAUGUUUUUUCUGAAGUAGUGUGACUGCAGGGAAGAUUUUCCUGCUGUCUACUGAAAGUGUGACUUGGCCAGAUGUUGUUUCUGAGGGACGAUGCUCCACUUAGAAAAGUUGUAUUUAAGGUGUCCGCAAGUAUGUGAGGGUCCCCUUAGAUCAGAGUGAUGUAACCGGCUCCUCAAAGUAUGAGCACUGGGGGUGAAAAAUAUGCACUAUGAAAAAUGUCUGAAUCUUUUUGUGUUGAUUGUCACAUAUAUUUUAUUUAUAUCCUGUAGCACAUUUACACAAUAGAAGUUGACUCAAAGUACUUUACAUAUGUUCCAGGUCUCAAGAAAAAGAAAAAACAAGAUGGGAAGCAAAAAUCACACUGAUCUCCCCGACAUAAGCUUAAAAUACUGGCCCUGUAUUUAUUUGGUAUUUUCAAGUUUCAGGGUGUUUGGAAAUCACUUUAACAGAUAAUUUAACAUACACAUACAAUAUUUACAUUAUUUCUCCUUAUUGUGAUUUUUUAAAAAUUUAAAUAUCCACCUAAAUACUACUAUGGAUCAGCCUAAAGUGCCUCUGUAGUACAUCCACGUUGCCUUAGAUUUCACCAGAUAUACAACUGGAUGCAGUUGCUAUAGAGACUGGUCUGUAAAUCCAUCCAUUCAUUCAUUUACUUCCUCUUAUCAGGGGACAUGCAGAGGAGUAUGUGUGUGUGCAUGUGUGUGUGCGUGCAUGCAUGUGUCCAUGCAUGCAUGUAUUCCUAACAGUGCCUGUUUAUAGCAUAUUGACCGUAAACUGUCCACCGGCUGAAUAUGUCUCAUUAGUAAAAGCCUGUAAAUACAUAUAUUAAACAAACUUUCCCUGAAA